AUGUCGAAGGCUAGCCUUUGGAUGGCAGGCUGCUUCGGUAGCAAAUCCGAGGAGACCUCCGCCAUUCGCAGAACUCCCAUGCCUUCACAUCAUAUUUUUGCAAAGACAGGUCGGCGUUGGCAGCGAUGGUUCUCGGUACUGAGGUAUAUAAAGCGUGGUCGACACAAUGAAACGCACAUCGAGAUCCCAGAUGUGAUCGUGACGCACAAUCGUUUCGUAUUCGAUGUGAUCGCUCGAUCUGUUGACAUCAACGGGAAGGAGAAGAAAGUCUUGAAGCGAGCACUUCUCGACACAGGAAGCGACCUCAAUUUGAUCAGUGCGUCAGCAUUCGAUGGCUUGAUGAUGAAUUUCAGCCCUUUCCGAAAAGACAUUCAUACCUUAGCCGGCAGAACAGCCAUCGCUGGCCACACCAGAAUUGCCUGGUCAACUAUAGGGUCGAGUCCACCAAAUUCGUCUGCCAAAUUGCACUGGGAUCGAUUUUAUGUGCUAGCCAGCACGGAGAAUGCAGCUUUCGACAUGAUCCUGGGCCAUGAAUGGAUUUUCAACAACUUCGCUGCCUCAACAACGCGGAACGUGCAGAUUGCUGUCAUAGCCGACGACCAAGAGCAUCUUGUGCCGUUACCAAAGACUCUAUUCGACACUUCAGCGAGUCUCAGCGUCAUCACCAACACGAAGGCUGUCGCCACGCUGGGCCGUGCAUCUCGCACCCCUACCGUGAUUCACAGAAGCUCGCUCGGUAGUCUGACGACUGCAUCUUGCGUCACGCUUCGAUGUCGUUACGAUGGCGGACUGCAAUCUUUCCAAGAAACUUUCCACAUCAUCGAUGACACGGAAAAGCUGCAUGGCUAUGAUGCAAUCCUGCGUGGCAGCAUAGCCAUCAAGCCGCCUUGCGCAAGUGGACAAGACUCUGUUCCUGGUGCAUACCCAAUCCUGCUCAGUCCGCCUGGGAAGAGUGGUAAAGAGGACAGGAAGCAAAGAGAAGCGGAACUGAGGAGGAAAGAGACCUCAUACCAGGAACAGGUCAAGAGGCAAAGAGAGCAGGUGAAGAGACAGCUUGAUGGUGCUAAGAGUGCUGUAACUGCUGGUGGAGGAGGCAGGCGAUGA